AUGGCUAAAAACUCUCCACAGUCUGCCAGCACGGUACCAGUACAGGACGGCCCCAACAAUGACAGACUGCUUGUUCCACCUCAAGAGUCUCACUCAUCUGGUAAAGGAUCAACUCGAAUCAGGCAGAGACAGGGCUCCCCUGCGAGAAAGCUUGGCAUAACGAGGAAACUAAAGGGCUUAAAGGAUCUUGAAGACCCGGCAGAGAAGGCGAAGAGGCACAAAGAGUUUGAGCUCAAACCUUUGUACAAGGAGCUUCUGUACACCAUCAAAUACAGACUGGGCAAGCCGACAUCUAACACUGAGUACAGCACCACCCAGCUCCAGAAUUAUAUCAAAGAGGCAUUUGGGAUGACGGAUGCUGAGCAUGAGAGCCUGUCUGAAAAAGUGGACAGUGCGCUGCGACCGGUUUACUGCCUGAAAGUCAUGGUGAAGAAGGCCAAAGAGAUUCUGGGGAAAGACGUCAGUGGAUUGAGUGACCCGUACUGCCUGCUGAGCAUCCUACAGGCAGGUCAGAAAGGUCAAGCGGCUCAGAGUAGUCCUGCCAAGCCACGGAAAGCAGUGGUGAAGGGGGCAGCCCAGCAAGGAGACAUCUUCCAAACCGAUGUGAAGAUACAGACGCGGAACCCGGUCUGGGACCAAACCUUUAAAAUGGUGUUUGAAGACUUGACGUCUUCCACUUUUCACUUGGAAAUGUGGGAUAAAGACGAAGAGGUUUCAUUUGUUCAGAAAUUCGACGACCUGCCGACAAACCUUCUUGGGCUGAAAAGGAUGUUUAAAGAUGCCAAAAAAGAGAAAGGGCAGGACGAUUUCCUGGGAAACCUUGCUCUUAAACUAAAGGAUUUGCACUGUACAGAGGACAGGUGGUACGUACUCGAACCACGGACAGCAACGUACCCAAACCGGGGGGAGUGUCAUCUGCAGCUCAAAUUCAUCCACAAAGAGAGAGAUGAUACGCUGAGCGCCGGGCGAAGUUUGUACGUCAACUACAGCGGGAUCUUGCAACAGUUUGUUCAUGCGUACAUCUCCAAACAACAGGACAGCAAACCGUGGAAGGGUGAACUGUGUGGAGAGGGCACCACACUGCUGGAGUACUACGCCACCCAAAACGACAUUUCUCCUUUCCUGCAGGACCUGGCGAAAUGGGUGGCUUACAGUAAACUCUAUCAGAGCCUGGAGGUCGAUUCGACUGUGUUGUUUCAGCAACUGACUAGUAUCGAGUAUCACUGGGACCAGCAGGAACUCCCAUACCAACAGAAACAAGAACUAGGUGAUUCUCUGCACGGCUUCCUGCAGUAUGGUCUGUGUUUAGUGGCCAAGUACAGAGACAUCUUUCUUCCUACACCCAAAAGCACACCACGACUACACACACUGCUCAGAGUUCUGGUCCAGAUCUGUAAGACUCGAGCCUUUCAGAAACUCAAUCCAGCCAAUUUUGACCUGCACGAGGAGGUCGCUGAUGCAGUUCUGCAUGGUACAGAGGAGUGGUUUAACAUCCAGAAAGGCCUGCACCAGCCCAUGACCAAGGACCUGCCGGAGACUGUUAGCGCCCUUUCACGUUUGAUUAAGGAGGUGCAGGAGGACGUCGGUCUGACCAAAGACGUCUGGAAUAGAGUGUUCGUCAGUGCAGUGCAGUUAGAUGUGUUUACAGUAGUGUACCCGAAACUGGACUCUCUGCUGGCGGAGGAACUUCGGGACAUGCUCUCUCAGUUAGAUGAUCACAUGGAUCAGUCCUUGGCUAACAGUCUGUUUCCCAUGUACCUGAGUCUGCAGACUAUUCACAAAGACAAAGCUUACCUGCAGAAGAGAGUGAAGAAUCUGCAGCUGGCGAGUUUUCAUGAGGAUUUUCGUGAGGCUCUUCCAUACUGGCUGAAUAAAGUGUUCAACACCACGGUGGAGCGAGUGGAGAAAGCGGUACAGGUGGACCAGCUGCAGUCUCUGCAGUCUGGAUCAGUACCCAUAAAGCACAGCUCUUCAGCAGUGGACCUGGCGGCAUGUCUGCAGCCCAUCUGUCAGCUCUGGGAACAACUGAGCUGGCCCGACUCGGAGGAAGGGUUCAUGCUAAUGGUCAAACUCACAGAGGACAUAUGCAAGGUGGCAUCGACAUACUGCCGUCUGCUGAAGGUUCGGGUGAAGGAGCUCUCUGUCAACUGUGAUGCCAGCAGCGCUGUCAACAUGCUAUGUGUGGUGGUGAACGAUCUGGAGCAUCUGCGCUCGGUACUGACCCGCCUGCCUCAGCUGCUCGGCUGGGCGGGGCUUCGGGAGCGCACGAAGAACGUGAUCGGAGACGCCCAGUUCCAGAACACGCUUCCAUCUCAGCUGCAGCACACACAAGCCGCUCUGGACCGAGAGAUCCGCUCGGCCGUCGACACCGUCGGCAAGAAGCUGCACACAGAUAUUGAGAAUUACGUGCGCAGGAUGGCCACUCGACACCGACUGCCUUCUAGAUCCACAGAGGACGCUGUGGAUCCUCUGAUGCGUUACUUGGAGAAAGAGCUUAAAUAUAUGAAUGAAAAUUUGGUACAGGAGAACUUUAACAGUUUGCUGACGUCACUGUGGAUGAGUUCGGUGAAGAUCUUGCUCCAGGUGUCCAAGCAGGAGGACAGCAGUGUGGUUUUCUUCCAGAGACUGCAGUUCACUCUACAGUGUUUGGAGCAGUGUUUUCAUGCUGAGGGAAAUGGACUUCCUCUACAAACGCUACACACAGAUAACUACAAGACUCUGCAAAGCCAGCUAACUUUACACUCCAUGGGCUGCCAUCAACUGAUAGAAAAAUUCUUCGAUGGGAAGGUCUGGGAGCAGAAAGUGUGUAGUGGGGAAAAAUACGGAGCAGUAACGCUCAUCGUCUCAUACAAGCGCUCCGUGCAGAAGCUACAUGUGGAGGUGCUGAACGCUGUCAACCUCAUUCCCCUCGAUUCCAACGGUUUAAGCGACCCGUUCGUUCAGCUCUCUUUGGAACCGAGACACAUCUUCCCACAGGUGGAACCACGAUCGACCAAGGUCCAGCACCGCGACCUUAACCCCCUGUUUGAGGAAUCAUUUGAGUUUCAUGCCUCAAUAGAGCAGUGCCAGUCAGCAGGGACUUGUCUGUUGGUGACGGUGCUGGACUACGAUGCUCUACGCAGCGAUGACUUCGAAGGAGAGGCGUUCCUCUCGCUGAAGUCGGUGCCCGGUGUUGCAGGAGGGGGACCCGCCGAACCAUCCCCCGCCCAAAUCCGCCUCCCUCUGCUGCACCCCAAACCAAACAGUGAAUCCACCCUGAAGGUGCUCGAGGCCAGAAAGGGCGAGCGAGAGGCUCAGGCUUUUGUCAAGGUGCGCCGACAGAGAGAACACAAAUCUCAGGAAACCGGAAACCAGAAACAGUAACAGGACCCUGAAGGAGACAUGAAUGAAAACCUCUGCUGAAAGAGACAGUCUAUUUUAAAGAACAAUACAUGGACAAAAGUAUGUGGACGGCAGGACUAAUUAGCUGAUUGAGUAAUGUUAAUUUCUUAGUGCAUUGUAAGUGCUGUUAAUCUGAAGUGGAAAUGUUUAGAAGCAACAACAGCUGAGCCUUCAAUCCACACAAGCUCACGUUGCCUCCGGAAAGAUCAUCAGCACAAUAGCUUUGUAUAAUAAAAUCGGCAGCUUCCUUUAUGCUAUAAUAUGAUAUGCAAUGGCCAAACAACUGCUCACGAGUCUACAAAAUCUAUUCUUAAAUCCAGCUGUCAACUGGAAUGGUGUAAAGUAGGGAACCACUGGACUCUGGAGAAGCAGAAACGUUCCCUGGGGUGAAAAUUUAUUUAUUUUUGCUUGUGUUUCUGCUGUGAAACCACAACACAAACAAUGCAUCAGUAUGAAACACAAAAGACUGUGGCAAUCUGGUCCCACUGUGGUUUACAAGAUGUAAUGUAAAGCCUCCACAAGGUGGCAUUCAAGUACGAGUUAAUUUUGUAUCUAUGUGCCUUUUAAAAUGAGUUUAUUUCUUAUUUUUAUUUCUGCAAACCCCCGUUCUAGAAUACUGUGUGUGUGCGUCCUCACUUUGUAGCAACAGUUUGGGGAAUGAACUUUCCUGGUUUAGUAUUACAAUGCCUGCAAAAAUGAUAUAAAAGAACAUGCCUGGCCCACACAGAACUCUGAUUAUAAUGCCCAACGUUAGUGCCCGACCUCACUUGUGGUCUUCUGGUUUAAUGUAUGAGACUUUCAGGUGUCCACAAACUUUUGAUCGUGUAAUGUAUAUUAUUGUAAAAAAUAGUAUAUUUAGUACAAAAAAAUCAGAACCAGGUUUGGAAAAUAAUUCUAAU